GCGUAAACAAAAGCAUCGCCUUGACAAGUCAAAAUCUUGCUUUUAAUAAGCACUCCUCCACCACUCCUUGAACCCUUCUGGGCGCUACUGCCGAGUUCCACUCAAUAGACCAGAUACAGGUACAAAUGCCCGUGAACUCCGAGAGAGUGCCCGCGCCCUCUGGGAUCGCAACCAAGCUACCCGUCCUCUCCAGAUCGGCUGUUGGUGCAGCCUUGCUCAUAAGCCUCCAAUUGUGCUCGCGGAUCCUGACCUUCAUUGUCAACCAAGUCUUUAUCCGCUUCCUCUCACCCGAACUCCUCGGAAUAUCUACGCAACUCGAACUCUACUCCAUCACAGUCCUCUUCUUCGCCAGAGAGAGCCUGCGAGUUGCCAUCCAACGCCAAGCCGACACGAUAGAUGCUGUCUCCAAGGAGACAGAGAAAGUCCCAAAGGGUCACGUGGAUGAGAGGACAGCUGCAGGACGGAGCCAAGCAAUUGUGAAUCUUGCUUACAUCUCAAUGGGCCUCGGUGUCGCCUUUGCCUUCGGAUUUGCAUGGUUGUAUCUCCACACCACCCCUUCCCAGGAUCCCACCGUACUAGAGAGCCUCUACUUUCGUGAAAGCUUGUCCAUAUAUGGCCUUGCAGCUAUCUGGGAAUUACUAGCUGAGCCCUGCUACGUAAUUGCCCAACAAAAGGCAAGAUUCGAAGUACGCGCAGUAGCAGAAUCGACUGCCACAGCGCUGAGAUGUCUCAUGACUUGCGGCUCUGCUCUCUGGGCUUCGCAAGUUAGCAUGGAUAUAGGGGUCCUCCCCUUUGCCCUUGGCCAGGGUAUAUACGCCUUAUCACUGUCGAUCGUCUACUACUGGAAAGUCUGGGGCAUCAGUUCCGCCAAUGGUUUCUCUCUGAUGGCCGCCCCUAUUUGCAGUAAUUCUACAUGGUACAUAUUCUCCUACUUUUCGUGGCCACUCUUGUCACUGAGUGGAACAUUCUUCGUUCAGUCAAUCAUGAAGCACUUUUUGACGCAAGGCGAUACCCUCAUCAUCACUUCCCUUGCUUCUCUUCAAGCGCAAGGCACGUAUGCUCUGGUAAGCAAUUAUGGUGGUCUAAUCGCAAGGCUGCUUCUUCAGCCGGUGGAAGAAGUGAGCCGCAAUCAUUUUGGCAAAGCCCUCUCGGUAGUCAAUGGAACUCCUUCCAAGGAAGUGGUUCUGAACGCGCGGGAUCAACUUCUUAGGCUUCUGCGAGUAUACGUCCUCUUGUCCGUCUGUAUCGUUGCUGUCGGGCCUACUGUGGCCCCGCUCCUCGUCAAGGCGACUGCCGGAUCGAAAUGGACAUCUUCUGGAGCUGGGUCUGUUUUGGCAACCUACUGCUACUAUAUUCCGCUACUGGCAAUUAAUGGGUUAACGGAAGCUUUCGCAUCCUCCGUGGCAACCGAAUCGGAACUCAAUCGCCAGACGAUCUGGAUGAUUGGAUUCUCCGUUGCUUUUGCCAGCGCAGCAUUUACAUCUCUGCAAGUUCUGGAUCUUGGAGCUGAGGGUCUUGUAUGGGCCAAUGGACUUAACAUGCUCCUUCGAAUAACGUGGUGCGCGGCUUUCAUACAAGCCUAUCUGAAACGUUAUGGUGCUAGCCUCGAGACCAGGUUACUAAUACCCCGCCCAAUGACCAUGGCAGCUGGAGUCGUAACAUAUGCAGUGCUGGUGCAAUUGCAGUCUACAUUUAAUGAUGGAAUUGUGGACUUUUUGAAAAGUGGAGUGGUAGCAGUUGUGUUUGUGAUUGUUCUCUCUUUCAGUGAGCGGGCAUUCCUCCUUGAAUGCUUCCGCACGUUUAGACGCCCAAGGCAAUGAAUUGUGGUGGAGGUUUAGUCGAACUUGAUUUUCUUCGCUAUUUUGGUCAUGUCCGCAUCUUUAGCAAAAGCCCCGUGUGACUCUUGGAGUGCAUCAGCUGGCAGGGAAAUUUCGCAAAUAUAACAGUUUUUACCAGCCC